UAAGUAUAUCCCCAAUGGUCAUGUGCAUCUGUCGCCAUGAAGAUAUUUCACUCAUUCAAGCUUUUGUUCUUCGUACUUUUCCUCUCCCAAAACAUCAUAAAAUCCUUUCAACAACUUCCUGAGGGUGAUGACCUCCAUAAGAAUUACUACCAAAUGGACCUCCCUCAAGUCACAGGACCUGAAAGCAUCGCCUUUGAUUGCAAAAAUCAAGGGCCUUAUGUUGGUGUCUCUGAUGGCAGAAUACUCAAAUGGCAAGGACCCAAUCUUGCUUGGAAGGAGUUUGCCAUACCUUCUUCAGACAGGGAUAGGAAGGUGUGCGAUGGGUCAACAAAUCCAGACCUUGAACCAACAUGUGGAAGGCCACUGGGUCUGAAAUUCAACAGUGCAACAUGCGAUCUCUACAUUGCGGAUGCUUACUUUGGUCUCCUAUUGGUCGGACCCAAUGGUGGGGUGGCUCAACAACUAGCUACUUCAGCUGAAGGAGUACCUUUCAAAUUUACAAAUGCUUUAGACAUCAAUACCAACACUGGAGUAGUUUAUUUUACAGAUAGUAGCAUUAUCUUCCAAAGAAGGCAUUAUUUUUUAUCACCAAUGAUGUUUGAUAGAAGCGGAAGAUUACUUAAAUAUGAUUCUCAAACCAAGGAAGUAACGGUAUUAUACAAGGGUUUAGCGUUUCCAAAUGGGGUGGCUUUGAGCAAAGACAAUUCAUUCCUUUUAGUUGCUGAAACAAAUAAAAUGAGAAUUUUGAAGUUCAACCUUGAUAGUACGACAGACAGCUAUAUUCCAGAACAGUUUGCGCAGUUGCCAAAAAUGCCAGAUAACAUCAAGAGAAAUGAUAAGGGAGAGUUUUGGGUAGCACUAAACAGUGGAAGAGGAAGGAUCCAAAAUGACGGCGACACCAAAUUGUCUGGUGAAACAACUAUCCCUUGGUUUACUCUAGACCCCGUCGGGGUCAAAUAUGACCAAGAGGGAAAGAUUAUGAAGCAGUUGGAUGGAGAUGGUGGAAUCUGGUUUGAAUCGGUUAGUGAAGUUGAAGAAUUAAAUGGAAAAUUGUACAUAGGUUCAGUAGUCAAGCCUUACGUUGGCGUCCUAUACACUUAAAUUUCAACUUCUGUAUGCCACUCCUUAGAGUUUUAGGUUGAGAGAAGAUACUUCUAUAUUAGUUAUAAUUAUUAUGUUUUAA